AUGGAGCCGGAGGAGACCAAAGAGGGACAAGCCACUAAUUUGGCACAAUCUGCCGCCUCCAAACUGUCCCAGAUGAGUGAAAGAACUAAACAACAACUGGGUAAUGUAAUCCAAGAACCAGUUCGGCAGAAACGGAUUAUUCUAGUAAUAGUCUGUGUUGCACUUUUAUUAGACAACAUGCUUUACAUGGUAAUUGUGCCAAUUGUACCCGAUUACCUUGAAGGGCUACAGAAAGCAGCAGAUCAUGCCCUAGCCAUUGAACCGCACACCAACUCCACUAACAGCACCAUGCACAAAACACCCAAGGGGAACUUCGACCUACAGAUCGGUGUUCUUUUUGCCUCAAAGGCCAUCCUGCAGCUUCUGGUGAACCCGAUAAGUGGCACGUUUAUUGACAGGGUUGGGUAUGAUAUUCCACUCUUUAUCGGUCUCAAUGUCAUGUUCCUGUCCACCCUUACUUUUGCCUUUGCUGAAAACUACGCGACUCUGUUCCUGGCGCGCAGCAUGCAGGGCCUCGGCUCGGCUUUCGCGGACACAGCAGGGCUCGCUCUGAUCGCAGACAGGUACACAGAGGAGUCAGAGAGGACCAAAGCGCUGGGUAUUGCCUUGGCUUUCAUCUCUUUUGGAAGUCUCGUGGCGCCCCCCUUUGGAGGGAUCCUCUACGAGUUCGCAGGGAAGCGGGUUCCCUUCCUGAUUCUUGCCUGUGUCUGCCUCAUCGAUGGUAUAUUGUGCCUGACUGUGCUGAAACCCUUCUCUAACAGAGAGAGAGAAAACAUGCCAGUGGGCACCCCCAUGUAUAAACUGAUGAUUGAUCCUUAUAUAGCUGUAGUAGCAGGUGCUCUGACAAUUUGUAACAUCCCUCUCGCCUUCCUUGAGCCCACUAUCGCCAACUGGAUGGAGGACACCAUGCAUGCCAGCCAGUGGGAGAUCGGCAUGACAUGGUUCCCUGCCUUCUUCCCUCAUGUUCUAGGUGUAUUUCUCACUGUCAAAUUAGCAGCCAAGUACCCUCAUCUCCAGUGGUUUUACGGGGCUAUAGGUAUGGUGUUCAUAGGCGCAAGCUCCUGCACAGUGCCAGCCUGUAAAAACUUUGGACAGCUCAUGAUCCCGCUGUGCGGAAUCUGUUUUGGCAUCGCCUUUGUAGACACGGCGCUCCUGCCAACACUCGCUUUCCUUGUGGAUGUGCGACAUGUGUCAGUGUAUGGCAGUGUGUACGCCAUCGCAGACAUAUCUUACUGUUUGGCCUAUGCCAUGGGGCCCGUGGCUGCUGGACAGAUAGUGCACAACAUGGGCUUUGUUCAGCUGAAUUUAGGCAUGGGCCUCAUUAAUGUACUUUACGCACCGGCGCUCCUUCUGCUGAAGAACGUGACACAGAUGAAGCCUUCUUUCUCCGAGCGAAAUAUGCUCCUGGAGGAUGGUCCAACAGGACUAUAUGAUACGAUUAAGAUGGAGCAAAGAGAGAAGAAGAGAAAGGGUUUGUGUACAACGAUCGACGAGGAUGGCAUUGAAACCUUUGCGCAACGGUCGUAUUCAGAGGAGGAAUCCUCAGGAGGAGAGUACGCGUAAAAUACCUUUAACUGAGUGUAAAACUAUCAAAGUGCCAAUGUAGAGUUGUGUGCAUCCCGUCCGGUCCAAUCAAUUGCAUAACACGAUUAGGAUUGUGUAACGACAUACAUUAUUUACUGCUCCUGGUGACAAUUCCUCUGGGUAUUGUCAGAUCAAGUAGCUUCAAGCUUUUGCAGUAGAAAGGCGCUCGCUGGUGUUUGUUCAUUUUAAGAGAGAGUAUCGUGAAAUAUUUGUUGAGAUAAAUGUCUAUUCAUUAACAGUAUUUAUCACUGUAUCAGUAACUGACUCAUAUUCAGGGAUUAUGUGUAAAUGUAUUUUAACAAAAGAACAAUUGUACUGUAUGCGUCUUUCAAUGUAAUCUGUAUUUCUUUGCCAGAGUUGUGCUGCUAAACUCAAUAUGCAAUACUGUGUGUCACACAACUGUUUUAGGGAGUUACAACAGAUGGAAAUGAACUGAAAACUGCGUCUUGUUGUCUGAUUAUUUUGGAUGAUGUACUUCUGGAAUGCAUAGCCUCAUUGUGUGAUC